AUGGACACAGAACAAGACAGGCCAACAAUUCAGGUGAAAAACAAAGAAGACGAAACCCAAAACCAAAAAAAUUCAUUUGGAAUUCCCCCGCAUGAGAUGGGCCAUGCGGCCCACAACCCAUCUCCAGGCGAAUCAGAGAUGAUGUCGCCUCCCAUCCAGACAAUGGGCCAGGCCCAGGCCCAAGCCCAGCCCUCUGGCUACGAUCCAAACAGGAUACCUGCAUCAAUUUUCUCUAGCAAGCCCACUAACCCCGGCGAGUGGAGUGUGGCCUCCAAUGAAUCCCUAUUCAGCAUCCACAUGGGCAACAACAGCUUCUCCCAUGAUUAUGCCAUUUUAUAUGGAAAAUCGGCCGAUCUUCAGGAAUCCCAGCUCAGGAUGUCUGGUGAGCUCCCUAGGCUCGACGACUGGAAUAAUAAUAAUAAUAACAAAUUGCAAUUAAAAUCGAGCGAGCUGAUAGGGCUUUCCCCGGUGAUGGAGGAAGGUCGGGUGUCAUUGGAUGAAAGGGGGAAGAAGCCGAUGGCCGAGAGUGGAGGGGUAAGAAUGGAAAUUCAUGAUGAAAAGAGGGAUAAUGGGACAACCUCAAAUGCUACUCUGCUAAAAAAUGAAAAUGGAAAACAAGUUCCCGUCCAAGUUAUUAGUGUUACAACAACUGCAGCAGCUGAGAGGAUGCCAAGUAAUCCUCAGACACCUCGCUUUUCGGACGGAAGUAGAAACAACAGUGGCAGCUCGUUUGCUUUCCCAGUAUUGGUCAACGAUCAUGGAAAACCGGAAUCUUUGAAAGUCGUACCAGAAAAACCCGAGCCACCAGCAUCACAAGCAGAAGAUUCUAAAGAAACUCCAAAUGCGUCAAGGACGAGAUGGUUUUCCUUCGGCUUGUGUUGGCCUAGAUGUUGUUGA